AUGUCUGGAGUUCAAAUGCGUCAACGUCCGACACGAAAGCCCAUCGAUGAGAAUGGGGGCUCCUCUCGGAAUGAUACUGAAGAUGACGCAAAAGACAGCCACGACAGCGCGCACGAAGAUGAGGACAAGAAAUCCACCCGCUUGACCUUGAUGGAACAAAUUCUCUUAUUGGGUUUAAAGGAUCGCGAGGGUUACACAUCGUUUUGGAAUGACUGUAUUUCGUCGGGUUUGCGUGGUUGUGUUCUUAUCGAGUUGGCACUACGUGGACGAAUCGGGCUUGAGGCUUCAGGAAUGCGCAAAAAAGGGCUAUUGUCAAGAAAGGUUGUAAUGAAAGAUAUCUCUCCUACUGGUGAUGUAAUUUUGGACGAAGCUCUUCGUCAUAUAAAGGAAACCAAGCCCGAAGAGACGGUAACAAGUUGGGUGGAAUACCUUUCAGGAGAGACAUGGAAUCCGUUGAAAUUACGCUAUCAACUUCGAAAUGUUCGUGAACGUUUGGCUAAAAAUCUCGUCGAGAAAGGCGUUCUCACCACCGACAAACAGAAUUUCUUGUUGUUUGAAAUCACCACUCAUCCACUCUCCGAUGGAAAUAUGAAAACGAAAUUGAUUAAGGAAGUUCAAGAGUCCGUCCUUUCACGGUGGACAAACGAUGUUCAUCGAAUGGACAAACGAAUGCUUUCAUUAAUCGUUUUGGCUCAUGCGAGUGAUGUGCUCGAGAAUGCGUUUGCGCCAUUGAACGAUCAGGACUAUGAAGUGGCGAUGCGACGUGUGCGCAACUUACUCGAGUUGGAGUUUGAGGCAGAGGCGGACAAAAAAGGCAACGACGUGAUGUGGGCCGUGUUCGAAGCUUUCCAGAAA